ACUGCUAUGUUCGCAAACAAUACUUGAUGAAAACAUGAUCACCUAAUUUCGUAUUGAUUGCAUUCAAUAUAUAAAUUCAUGUACUGAAAACCAGAGCUGCAUUCUACAUGGCCUGACCAGGGAUAUAAAAAUGAACAGCAUUCUAAUCAAAGGGAACAAACUUCCAAUACAUCAUACUAGAUUGAUCAUGGAUAAUCGGGACCGGGAACACGGGGAAAUUAAUCAGCUCUGCUACAAGGGGGACUUUCAAAAUGAAGCAGUGAAAGGAUUAUCAGAAGUAGUUGAGUAUCGUGAAGCCAUGGCAACCCCCAGUAAUGGCCGCCUUCCCCCCUCCGCGGCCUCAUCUGAUCAGCUGUCUAUGGAGUUCGAAAUCACGUCUGUGGAUGAAGACAUUCUCAAUACAGUCGAAAAGCUGUUCAACUUUGGAAAAUCUGGGACCAUUCCAUAUGAGACAAUACAGGACAUUUUGGGUAAGGCCAUACAAGCAGAGAGGAACCACUGGAAGGACCGCCUGAACAGUGCCAUGCAGGAAAUCGAGAGGCAGCACAAGAUUCUAUUGACGGAGCAGUCAUCAUUACAGGAUCUGUGUGGCCUGUUUGACGACAAUAGUAAGCCUGCAAACACUGACAAGCCAAGUGAAGACAUUCUAGAAGAAAACCUUACCACUGAGCAGCUCAUACAAAACCUUAAAUUCAAAAUAGAACAUCUGAAACAAAUCUCUAGUUAUAUGGAACAGAGCAAAGAUAAUGGACCCAUUUCAGACAAGUUCCCUUCCAAGAAGAAAUACUCAGAAAUGGAUAUAAAGUUCAUGAAAAAUGCAAUAGCCAAAAUUCACUUUGAAAAAGAGUCAUUGCAAAGCAAAUUAACUGAGAAAGAGACUGAAAUUAAAUGGCUGCAGAAAGAACUAAAUGGAGUGAAAAAUCAGUUGUACAAAUUACAGGACAUUGUUAAAGAAUACAAUGAAGACCACCAGGGGGCUCAGUUUCAUUUAAAUCAGGUGGAAGCCAGUCCUCGUCAGAGUCUCAAAGCAAGUGACAGGUUCAAGAAAGAAAGGACUUAUAUAGAAGGCGAUCAGCUACAGUCCUACCCAAUACCGAGUGAAGAAUCGGCACUGUGGAAAUUACGGCUACGAUCUCAAGUCUACUCCACCAGAAAGGGGAACGUUAGGACAGGGGUCACACAAUGUCUGAGGUGUCAGAAACUGUUCAAACCCUCAGACAAUGGCCCCAAAGCCUGUAGGUUCCACAACAAGGGCAGAGAAAUCAAAGAACAAUACGAUGAAAAUGGGAAACUUUCAAAUGUUAUAUACAAGUGGGCAUGUUGUAAAAAGGGACUUGACACUGUUGGAUGCUCAACAGGGUAUCACAUCUGAUGAAGUUUAUAAUUUAAUGCUUGUAUGUAAACCUGCAUUAGUAAAGUGGCUGCUUUGGACAUAUUUAUAGUCAAUAUAGUAAUUUUGUGCACUAUAUUGUACCCACUUACAUUGUUUUGUU